UAAGCUCCGCCUUAAGGAGGUCAAAGUUCAGCACGUCGUGGCAAGUGGUGAUUGCUGGACAGACCGGCGUUUCGACAAUCGAGAUGUUCUGUCGACACAUGGAUCUUUCCAGACAUCCUGGAAGUACAUGGAAAGUCAGGACAGGUUUAAAAGGAGUUGAACAUAUAGAAGGAGGCAUAAUUGUGAAAUUGCCGGGGACAGUUCGGCGCUAGCACUUGGAGAAGUCUUUGUCGUCUGCUAAAAGAGACAGCUGAGAUUUGUUGGUGGGAAACAUUUCAGGUGGUGUCACUCGGAGUCAAGUUUCGCGCCAAGACAUUUCAUGUUCCAUUUUACGGCGGAGAGAUAUUACAUCAUUCAUUCCCUAAUUCUGUGCUACUUUUGCAUUUGAUACCAAGUUGGCAGUUCAGUAUUUUUUCCAUUUUUUAAAAGGCAGAUAAAAUUUUGUUUCCACAACAUAUAAUGCCACAAGUGGGCAUCAAUGCUCUCCAGUUCUUCCUGAUCCUGAUGGCUGUCCCGGCGCAGUACUUUGUGUCGGAGAUGUGGGGUUCUAACACAGAGUACCAGAGAACUCAGGCCAUGAGGGGCCUGUUGGUCUCCUUCAAGGACUUGAAACAGAACUACUUGAGUCUUCGCUCCUGGAGAGAUUGGGUGAGGAAGACCAUUUCUUCCAUUACAUCAUCCCCUGUGGAGGACAACAACGUGUUCUCUAGAGGGGAGUCUCCUGCUUAUGAAGUGCUGCAGAGAAGGUCGCCUGAAGGGUACUUUGCAGGUUCAACUGUUCCCAGACGCCCGCGCCCAGUCCAUGUCAAGUACAGGGUCGGACAGACCAUUAGACACAAGAGAUACGGGUACAGGGGAGUCAUCAUUGGCUGGGACGUCAUCGCAAAGGCUCCACCUAAUUGGCUGCUAGCGAAUCAUCCCGCAGAUAAACCAUACUGGAAGAAGACUCCAAACUACUCCGUGCUUGUUGAUGAGAGAGACAGGCCUGAUGGACAGAGGACAUAUGUGGUGGAAGAGAACAUCCAGGUCGUGUACAACAUGAAGAUAAGGCAUCCUGAUAUUGAGGAGUAUUUUGACAAGUUUGAUGGAGCUCAGUACCUGAUGAGGCCAUGGCUCAGGAGAAUCUACCCAGAGGACUAAAAUACCCAUUCCAUCUGACUUCCUCCACCAGCUCUGGAUCUGUGUUGUAAUAAAAUCUUAUAGUCCUAGUAAAUUCCUAAUGCAGACUUAUAUAUAUUGUAUAUCAGCAUCAAAAUAUACCAACUGUUGGCUUACAAAGCUUGAGUUAUAAGGUUAGUUCACCUUUAUCCGUAGGGUAACCUAUAUCCGUAGAUAUAAAAUAGGGUAUUUGGAAAUCGUUAAGUCGUUGGGAUGUAGUUUCACAUUGCAAUAUCUUGAAAAUGUUAAAAUAUCUAAAUACCCAUUUAUCUAGGUUACCCCACGGAUUAAAGUGAACUAGCGUUACAUGUAUAUUUCUGUGUUGUAAAUCUGGAUGUGUUUUUUAAGUCUGAUAUCUAUCAGACAGUCAGCCAUUCCAAAAAAAAUACUAGAACCUGUUAACUGAUAUAGUCACGGGUAUUGAAUGACUUAGUAGCCUAAUGGUGAUAUUCCAUUUCUAUGGCAGAGUGAAAUGAAGUGUUAUAUUUGCUGCCACAUGCUGUAGUUGAUAUUUGUGACAACAUGUCAAACAUUGUAGUGUGCAGGUACUGUAUAUUGUCUGGAUGUAAUAUGUAAGUGGUCACCUGUACAUGUACAAUGUCUUGUAGGAGAUCAAUGUUGACGGGCUGUUUGUAGCAGUUCAAUAAAAAAUGCUAUAAUAGCCCAAUGUGGGGGAAUCGUGGCCACUGUAAUUUUUGUUUUUGCAAGGAAGUUUGAAAUCAGGUUUACGGAAAAGGCUGGCCUUCCCAUCCUCAAUGUCCCAUUUAGUAACACACAAAGAAAACAACCAAUGCAGCUGCGCCCUCUAACGAAAAGCAUCACAAUUACACCAAUUACUGGGUAUGCUAUGACAGCAUGAACUUUUAGUAUUGUCAAGAAGUCUUCAAGCAAAAUAAACUGAUAUUUGUUUCCUUGUCUGAA